UGCAUCAAUGAUGUGGAAUGCAAGGACUGGGUUCACAAGGAAAUCGUGUGUGCUUUGGAGAACCGGUGCAACAUCAUCCCGAUCAUCGACAAUUUCCAGUGGCCGGAAACGGAGUCCUUGCCGGAGGACAUGCGAGCCGUGUGCUACUUCAACGGCGUCCGUUGGAUCCACGAUUAUCAGGACGCCUGCGUGGACAAGUUGGUGCGGUUCAUGUCCGCCGAUUCCUCGGUGAACGGC